AAGGACAAAAGGUUUGAGCCUAUUCAUUUGAUUGGCCCUACCAUUUACUUGUAGGAUAAAUGUAUAUAAUUAUGAAUGCGGUAUGCACUAGUAGUUGUUUCGAUUAGAUUAUGUACAAAACUAUUUAACUAAGAUUUGUAAACGAGUUUAACAUGUUAAACUGAGCUUUGUAUACUCUUGAUUUGGAUUACAGAUUUGGUUUUAUCGGCCCUUCGUCAUGGGAAAAGACUAGCUAUAUAUAUGGAAAUUAAUAGUACACAUUAAAAAAUAAAAGGUGUCCAGUGUUGGUGUUUCGUGUUUUUUGAAAGUAAGUGACAAAUCAACACUCACAAUAUAUAUAAUAAUAAUCGAUUUUUAAAGCUUAUCACUUCAAUAAAGUUUGAUAUAAUUGCAGUAUCUUUAGGGUAUGAAACUAUGAAAUGAGAUCAUAAAAUCAUGCGAGAUUAGGAAAACGUAACAGCCAGGCUAAAAUCUAAAGGGGUUCAGCAGGGUUUCUUUUCCAUACAGUAUAUAAUACAUGUGUUUCUUUUUCUCUCCGACUCGUAUUGUUAACUGUCGUGAUUUUCUAAAAAAGAGAUUUCAUUUUUUUUUUCUUUAAUACUUCUUUCAUUUAUCAUCUUUUGUCUGAAUCUCUCUGGAAACGGCAACAAAAGACCAAAGUCUUUGCAUAAGACAACAAAAGACUUAUGUUUGGUAAUUGCCGACGUGUCCGGUAUGAUCUUAGUCUUUGUCUUAGUCUUUGUUUAGUUAAAAGGAAAAAAACGAGAAGUUGUGAUUGUCCGAGUCAGCUUGUUUGAGUUCUUGCGUAUCGAACUCAACCCGACAUUGGUGGGUUCUCAACAUAUUCCCUCUGUAAUCACCCAAUUUCGCAUAUUUACACCAUUCUUUUUACCAAUCACAUCAUUUACAUUAUUCUAUGUCGUAGUUGGUAUUAUGUAGUAGUAGCUAGUUCUUCUUCAUCACAUUCUGAAUUACUUUCUAAUCAUUUCUUUUACGUAGUAUACAAGAAUAUUCGAUCAUGACUUGUAUUUAUGUAACCAUAUAUAUAUAUAUAUAUAUAUAUAUAUAUAUAUAUAUAUUUAUUUUCAACAUAUCGUCCAUUUAUUUUUACUUUUCUUAAAUCUUGUUAAGUUUCUAAUAUCUAAAUUAUACCAACUAAAUAAAAUAUGAUGUUAUAGACCUAAUUUUGGCACGUUUAAGUAUGAAUAUUAAAUUUUCUAAAAACCCUAAGUUUCCAUUUGCUUAGAGGCCUUCUAUAAAUACAAUAUCAUGGCCAAGUCUUUGAUUAUCAGAUAAGUUAUCCAAUCAAUAUACACUCCUGCACAUCUAUAUUCACAAUUUCACACUCACAGCUACUUAUAUAGCAUUCUGCAAGGCGGCGUUGCAUUUUUGUUUUAUACUGUCCUUAUGAGUUUUCUUAAAAUGAAGGAAAACGCAGUCAACCCUCUCCGUCUCACGUCACUGAACCAUGUGUCUCUCUUGUGCCGAUCGCUCGAAGAGUCGAUGAAUUUUUACCAAAAGGUCUUAGGGUUCUUCCCAGUUCGAAGACCUGAGUCUUUAGAUUUUGAAGGCGCUUGGUUGUUCGGACAUGGAAUUGGAAUACAUCUCUUGCGUUCCACAGAGCCUGAAAAACUUCCCAAGAAAACUGCGAUUAAUUCCAAAGAUAACCACAUCUCUUUUCAGUGCGAGAGUAUGGCAGCAGUGGAGAAGAAGCUUGAUGAAAUGGAAAUAGAGUAUGUGAGGGAGAUAGUAGAAGGAAGAGGGAUCAAAGUGGACCAGAUCUUCUUUCACGACCCUGAUGGCUUCAUGAUAGAGAUCUGCAAUUGCGAUAGCCUCCCCGUUGUCCCCCUCGUAGGAGGACUGGCCCAGUACUGCGCAAAAGUUAAACUUCAUCAGAUGGGGCAGCCACAACCGCAGACUAAUUAAGAUCCACCCUUUACUAUCUCUGCUAUUGUUGUGUUUGUGUGUGUGCUUUGGGUGUGUUUGCUUUUGUGUGUGAUGAAUAAGAGACCGAUCAACGGGAAUCAGUGAACGUGAUUCCCCCCCGAGGGAAUUAUCAUUCUCGUUAUAUGAUAUAACCACCAAGGGAAUUAGUGUUACAUAUAUUGUUUUAGUUGGUUUCUGUUGUUGUCGUGUGUCCACAUUGGGUGUGUUUGUUUUUGGAUGUAAUGAAUAAGAAACCGACGUGAAUCAGUGAAUGUGAUUCCCCUAGAGGAAAUGAUCAUUCUCUCG